UAAGCCCACUUGACAGCGCAGCUUCUUGUUUGUUUCAUCAUCUUCUCCCCUUCUCUAUCUCUUUCUUUCUCACUCGAUUCAUCUGUUCUAUCCAAUCUUCCCUUUUCUACCGUUUCUUCCCUUCCUUUCACCCUCACCCUCAUCUCCUGUAUAUGUAUUAGUAUUCUUUCGUUUUAGUUACAUAUCCAUCUAAAAAAUUCUCUUUCAUUACCUCCUCUCUCUAUCUUUCUCUCUUUCCAGUUGUCCAUGUUUCCAUCUUUCCAGUUGCACUGAAUUCCUUUUUCUAUUUCUGAUUCCUGCACGGAGGGGGAAGAGAGGAAGAGGGAACAAACACAAUUCCUAGUAUUCCAGAAAGAGAGCAAUUGAUGGUAAUUGCCUUAAAUCCUUUUGAGAGCUGAAAGAGAAAACAGUUCCCACAACCAUGCAGCAACAAUUACUACUACAGCAGCAGCAGCAGGAGGCCGCUGCAACCGGUCCCAGAGCUGACAUGCUUCGAAUUCCAGGCGGCACUGACCCCCUCCAUCCGCCGGCCGAGGCUGCCUCCCCCAUCAGCAGCCUGCCGCCGCCGGAUGCCACCGCCAACUUAGAUGAACUAACCCCAGCCGUCGCCGGGAACGAGGAGGCAGAGCCCAGCGGCGUGCCCGGGAACCGGUGGCCGCGGAAAGAGACGCUGGCGCUGCUGAAGAUCCGCUCCGAGAUGGACGUCGCCUUCCGAGGAGCCACAUUUAAGAGCCCUCUCUGGGAAGACGUCUCCAAGAAGCUGGCGGAGAUGGGCUACAAGAGGAGCUCAAAGAAGUGCAAGGAGAAGUUCGAGAAUGUACACAAGUAUUACAAGCGCACCAAGGAAGGCCGCGCCGGGCAACAGGACGGCAAGGCCUACCACUUCUUCAGCCAGCUCGAGGCCAUCCACAACCGCAGCGGAGGCGGCGCCAUCACGCUCUCUGCGGCUGUCUCCCAGCCGACCCCGGCUAGCUUCACCGCCGGCGUGGUGGGUUCCCCGGCUGCCAGAAUCCGACCUUCACCCAUCUCGGCCGUGGGCUCACUGCCCAUCCCGACGCCAGCUAGGGUCGUCGUUGAGCUCGGCCCACACGGAUUCUCUAGCUCGGCUGCUGCCGCCAACGGGAUCAACUUCCCGUGGAAUUCAUCCUCCUCGUCAACGGAAUCGGACGAAGAGGAUACAGAAGAGGCCGGUGAGAACCAGGAAGGACGGAAGAGGAAACGCAGCAGGAGCUCGCGAGCUCGACGGCAGCUAAUGAACUUUUCCGAGGCGAUAAUGAAGCAGGUUAUGGAACGGCAGGAGGCCAUGGAGCAGAAGUUCUUGGAGGCAAUCAAGAAGAGAGAACAUGAACGAAUGAUUCGAGAGGAGGAGUGGCGGCGCCAGGAGAUGGCGCUGCUCAGCCGCGAGCAAGAGUUGCUCGCCCAAGAGCGCGCCGUGGCGGCGUCCCGAGACACCGCAGUAAUUUCCUACCUUCAAAAGAUCAGCGGGCAAUCUAAACCAUUGCCUGCAGCCACCACCACCGUCUCGGCCAUCUCCACCAGACCGCCUACUAUGCUGCAGUCGCACGCUCCGUCUCUUCCACAACCGCCACCUCAGCCGCGACAGGCGCAGACACCGCAGGAACAGAAGCCGCCAGUGCCGGUACAGCCACUUCAGCAUCAUCAUACGCAAAGCACCGAUAUCGAACAGUAUCAGCCCUUAUCGGCAAAGCAGCCGCCGGUGCCGAUCAGCUCGGAGACUGAUCAGGGCAUUCUCGGCAGCGGCAGCUUCGAGCCACCGUCUUCCUCGAGAUGGCCCAAGGCGGAGGUCCAUGCACUAAUCCAGCUGUGGACUGGGCUCGAGUCGAGGUACCAGGAGGCAGGUCCUAGGGUUCCGCUGUGGGAGGAGAUCUCCGCCAAUAUGCAGCGGCUGGGAUACAGCCGGAGUGCCAAGAGAUGCAAGGAGAAGUGGGAGAACAUCAACAAGUACUUCAAGAAGGUGAAGGACAACAGCAAGCAACGCCCGGAGGACUCCAAAACCUGCCCCUACUUCUACCAAUUGGACGCAAUCUAUAGAAAGAAACUGCUCGGUCAUGGCGGCCGCGGCGGCGGCGACGGCGACGGCCGUGGUAGUGUGGGAGUCCAACAGCAGCAGGAGCAAGACCCCAAAUGCAGUCCAGUUCCGCAAGAAAGGGCUGACAACGUGGUACAGAUGCAGCACCAACGGCAGACUCCAUCCGAGGCCAAAUACAAGAACGGCAACGACAGCAACAGAAAUGGUGGGAAUUCGAAACAAGCACAAACGAGCAAUGGAGGGCAUCCGCCAAGCUUCUUUGAAGAAGGAAUGAACAAGACGGAAGACAUCGUGAAGGAUCCUAUAGAGCAAAGACAAAGGCAGGAGAUAGACGACCCCGACAGCGAAAAUCUGGACCAAGACGACGAUGACGAGAGCAGCAAGUUGCAGUAUACGAUACAUUUCCAGAGGCAGGAUGUGGGUGGUGGCGGCGGUAAUGCACAGGCAGCGGCCGCGGCGGCCGCAGCGACUGCAGGUUCCUUCUUGUCUCUGGUUCAGUAGUUAUUGUAAUCUCCACCAGUUCUCGCUUCUUCCUCUCGGUUGUACCACGUUUAGCUUUCUCCGCCAACACAACAGUCACGUCCGAGUACUCGCAGCCAACACACCCAUUUCCGUUCUUCUCCUUCCAUGUCCCAUCUGCAUCAUAAAACGUGAUUUGAUGUGGAUUAAGAAUCCUAGCGCACACAUCUCUUACAAGAUGCCAUUCCAGAUCGAGAGAGGUUCCCAUCGACUGAGGAAGAGAGAGGUGAAGGAAAUGGUGUAUCGAUUCACACACACUGCCUGCAUGUGUCAAUCUUCUUUCCUGUACUCUUGGCCACAGUACCUCGCCGGAGGGAACAUGAUGGAGUUUGGUGCCUUCUCAAAUCAUUAAUCAAUUAUGGUGAAGGUCUUUGAUGCUUGUUUAUGCACUGUUAAGAUGUACAUUUACUUCUCUUCAAAGUAUUGCCAAACUUAAC